GCCCUCUCUCCGCUUUCGUCACGGGCGUAUGUACGCACGGCAGCAGCUACAGGAGCUCCCGAGUCGGCAGGGACGGGCACCGCUAUUCUCUCUCUCUCCCUUUCUACGUCUCUGUUCCCUCUUUUACUCCGCCUCGAGGAGAAGAAAGAAAAAAAUACAAACAUUCAUAGAGUAGGUAUACGAAUAAUCACCGGCUGGGAACUCCGAUGGAUUAGUUUUAAUUCCCUCCUCACCGCCACCAACCCACCCUCCUCUCCGAACCUAGAGAAUGGGCUGCGUCCAAUGCAAGGAUAAAGACGCAGCCAAACUCACCGACGAGCGCGAUGCCGGCCUCACGCACCACCCCGGCUACCGCUAUGGCGCCGAGCCCACGCCGCAGCAUUACCCUCCAAGCUUCGGGGUUACCACCAUCCCCAAUUACAACAACUUCCACAGCGGAGGCGGCGGCGCUACACAAGGGGUCACCGUCUUUGGAGGCGUUCACACAUCCUCACAAUCGGGCACGCUGCGCUCACGAGGAGGAACAGGGGUGACGCUGUUCGUGGCUCUGUACGACUACGAAGCCCGGACCGACGAUGACCUCAGCUUCAGGAAAGGGGAGAGGUUCCAGAUCCUCAACAGCACAGAGGGUGACUGGUGGGAGGCGCGUUCCCUUACCACAGGUGGAACUGGUUAUAUUCCCAGUAAUUAUGUCGCUCCUGUGGACUCCAUCCAGGCUGAAGACUGGUAUUUUGGUAAACUUGGCCGGAAGGAUGCGGAGCGACAACUGCUGUCCAGCGGCAACGCCAGAGGCACGUUCCUCAUUCGGGAAAGCGAGACAACCAAAGGGGCUUACUCCCUCUCCAUCCAGGAUUGGGAUGAUAUCAAGGGAGACCACGUCAAACAUUACAAGAUUCGCAAACUGGACAGCGGCGGUUACUACAUCACCACCCGAGCCCAGUUUGAGACGCUUCAGCAGCUGGUGCACCAUUAUUCCGCGAGGGCAGCGGGGUUGUGCUGCCGACUGAUUGUGCCCUGUCACAAGGGCAUGCCCCGUCUGACAGACCUGUCCGUCAAAACCAAAGACGUGUGGGAAAUCCCGCGGGAGUCGCUGCAACUCAUCAAGCGUCUCGGCAAUGGACAGUUUGGGGAAGUCUGGAUGGGCACAUGGAACGGCACCACCAAGGUGGCGGUGAAGACCCUUAAGCCGGGAACCAUGUCGCCUGAGUCCUUCCUAGAGGAGGCUCAGAUCAUGAAGAAGCUGCGGCAUGACAAGCUGGUCCAGCUGUACGCCGUGGUUUCCGAGGAGCCCAUCUACAUCGUCACCGAGUACAUGAAUAAAGGGAGUUUGCUUGACUUCCUUAAAGAUGGAGAAGGACGAGGCCUGAAACUUCCAAAUCUGGUAGACAUGGCUGCUCAGGUGGCAGCUGGCAUGGCGUACAUCGAGAGGAUGAACUACAUCCACAGAGACCUGCGCUCUGCCAACAUCCUGGUCGGAGACAGUCUGGUUUGUAAGAUUGCUGACUUUGGUCUGGCCAGGCUGAUUGAGGACAACGAGUACACAGCGAGGCAAGGUGCAAAGUUUCCCAUUAAGUGGACCGCACCUGAGGCAGCGCUCUACGGAAAGUUCACCAUCAAAUCCGACGUGUGGUCCUUCGGCAUCCUGCUCACGGAGCUUGUAACCAAGGGCCGGGUGCCUUACCCAGGCAUGAACAAUCGUGAGGUGCUGGAGCAAGUGGAGCGGGGCUACCGAAUGCCAUGCCCGCAGGACUGCCCCACGUCGCUGCACGAGCUCAUGGUGCAGUGCUGGAAGAAAGACCCUGAGGAGAGGCCCACCUUCGAGUACCUGCAGGCCUUUUUGGAGGACUACUUCACUGCCACAGAGCCUCAAUACCAGCCGGGAGAUAACCUCUGAGUGGCGUUCUCCAACUGUCCACCUGAGGGAGCCAAACACCGUUCUAGCCCUUUUCUUGCACCAAGGUGACUCUAUAAAACUCGUCUAUCACCUCUUCCAAGCGUCAUCUCACACACGCGCGCACACACAGACACAAAAUGACUAUCAGAAGAGAGAUGGGCCUGCCAUGGAUGCAAAAAGACGACGACGAUGAGCUGUGUAACUUGUAAGUAGUGUAAAUACGAAAAUUGCUUGUUUACUUAUUAUUUCUAUAGGUUUCAUUCAACAUUCUACUUUUUGAUAUUUUUGGAAACAAUUCAUCCAAGAUGCAUUUUAGGAAAGAUUGUCAGUAGACAGAAAAAACAAGUUAAUGUUGAUAAUAUCAUAAUAAUGUAAAAUGAACGGGUCCCCCUCACCACUUUUUGUUAGGCAAAUCCCCGGAAUGGUGUGCAAAUGUUGAUGCCUUGUUGAACUUCCUAUAUGGGUAAAUUUUACAGCAGGAGUUACUCAAAGUACGAGCAACGGAAUUUGCUCAAAAUGGCUGCUUUAAAGCAAAAAGGUUAAAUAUUUGUUGAAUUUCGAGCAUGGGUUUUUGAGAUUUUGAUAAAUGAUGGAUGUCUCCACACAGUUUAGUGUUGAUUGGUGGGACUGGUAUCUGGUAUUUGUGGCGCUGGUUAAAUAUUCAAGGGUUCUUGUUCAAAGCCCUGAUACUACAAGUGUACUACUGUAAACUGGUUUGUUUUCAAACAUGUUGAGGCCUCCAAAAAGGGACCUUUUGAAAUUGUAUUCAAAUGAUUUGGGGUUGGAUUAGUCUGAGUUCUUAAGUUAAAAUUUGUCGGCAUGCUGCGCUGACACAAAAUGACGAAAUUUUACAUCGAUAUCUGUCUACUUUCCACACAAUUUUGCAUCAACGUCUGUCUAUUGUUCCAAAUUCACAUUUGGCAGCAAUUGGACACGUAGUCCCUUUUUGAAGGACACCCGGAAAUAGCCAGAGUUACCAUUAAAAUGGUUUCAAAACAAAAUUCCCAGACAUUUUACGUAAAAGGUUUUUGGCUUUUUUUUGUGGGUUUACUUGUGAUUGUCAUACCCACGAAAUUUUAGGUUGGGAUAUCAGAGUGGUUUAGAAGGCUGAAUUUUAUGGAACCCCAAAAGGGUCAAAAUUUAAUGGAUAAAAACAUUUUGAAAUAAAUGCGAUUUUGAUAAAUAACAGACGAAUCGUGCAAUAUGGCCCUUAAAUUGUAAAAUAAGGUAAUACUAUUAUGAAAAAGAUUUUACAAGAUAAAAAGCGUUUUCCACAAAGAAGUUUUUUUAUUUCAUAAUGCUUUUUUUCACAAUGUCCUUUAUAUUUCAUAAUGUCGUUUUCCUGCACAGUAAACCGUGUGCUGUCAAAUCAAAUGCAUAACAUGGAGUCAGUUAAGUGGAUCAUAAAAUCUGGCUAGCUGCGCUAACAUUUGUUAGCAUCGAUGAACUGUUCGAUAAACCUCCAGAAAGCAGCUAAACAAAAACAAAGUGCUGCUGAAAUCAUCGCGCAGGCUGAGGUAAAAGCCUUUCAUUACAAUCCAACCGGUUCGCAAAUUCUCUGAGUAAUUCUGAACAUGACGCUAUAGAAUGCUAGCGUAGCUCGCCAAACUCCACAAAAUGAAAUAAAAACGCCACUGCGGAAAGAGAUGAUGAAAUAAUAAUAAAAAAAAUUUAAAAAUGUGAAACGUGAAAAACGCUUUUUAUCUUGUAAAUCUCAACGUGCUGAAAAACGGCAUGAUGAAAUCAAAAGGCUAUUGUGGAAAAAGGCAUUAUGAAAUUUAAAAAAAUACUUAGUCAAAAACAGUUUUCAUCUUGUAAUUUUUUUUCAUAGUAAAAUCAGCUUAUUUUACAAUUUAAGGGCCAAAUUAUACUAAAUUUUCUGUUAUUUACCAAAGGGUGAUUAUUUCAAAAUGUUGGUCUUAUUUAUUUAAUUUUGACCGUUUUGGGGUUCCAUAGUUAAGGCCUUCAAAAAGGGACCUUUUAAUAUUGUAUUAAAAUGAUUUGGGUUGGGAUUAGUUUCAGUUCUAAAGUUUAAAAUUUUUCGGCAUGCUAUGCUGACACAAAAUGACGAAAUUUUGCAUCGAUAUCUGUCUAGUAUUCCACAUUCAUAUUUGGCAGCAACUGGACAAAAUCUUUACACGUGGUCCCUUUUUGAAGGACACUCAGAAAUAACCAUAAUUAUCAUUAAAAAUGGUUUAAAAAGAACAUUUCCAGACAUUUUACAUAAAAGGUUUUUGACUUGACUUUUUUUUUUGUGGGUUUACUUGUGAUGGACAUACCCACAAAAUUUCAGGUUGAGAUAUCAUAGUGGUUUAGAAGACUGAAUUUUAUGGAACCUCAAAAGGGUCAAAAUUAAAUAAAUUAAAACAUUUUGAAAUAUAUACGAUUUUGAUAAAUAACAGACAAAUUGUGUAAUAUGCACCUUAAAUUGUAAAAUAAAGUAAUAUUAUUAUGGAAAAGAUUUUCCAAGAUAAAAAGCGCUUUGUAUUUUUUUAUUUCAUAAUGCCUUUUUCCGCAAUGGCCUUUUUAUUUCGGGCCUAUUUAUUUCGGGGAUGGCGUGGCUCAGUGGUAGAUUAGUUGUUCCCCCAACCCAGAGGUUGUGGGUUCGAUUCUCCACCCUCAUGAACUCGCCUAAGUAUCCUUGAGCAAGAUACUGAACCCCACAUUGCUCCUGGUGCUGUGUCACCAGCAGGUAGAUGGCAAUGUAGUGUAAAGCGCUUUGAGUACCUUGAGAGGUAGAAAAGCGUUACCAUUUCAUAAUGUCGUUUUCCAGCACAGUGAAUCGUGUGCUGUCAAACCAAAUGCUUAAGUUGGAGUUAACUGAUUGGCUGAAUGGAUCAUAAAAUCUGGCUAGCUGCGCUAGCAUUUGCUAGCAUCGAUGAACUGUUAGGUAAACUUCCGGAAAGCAGCUAAUCAAAGCCAAACUGCUGUUGAAAUCCUCGCUCAGGCUGAGGUAAAAGCCUUUCAUUACUAUCCAACCUGUUCGCAACUUCUCUGAGUAAUUCUGAAAAUGACGCUACAAAAUGGUAGCAUAGGUAAAAAAAAAACUCCAUGAAAUGAAAUAAAAAGGCCACUGCGGAAAAAGACAUUAAGAAUUUUUUUUUUUUUUUUUUGAAAACGCUUUUUAUCUUGUAAAAUCUCAACGUGCUGAAAAACAACAUGAUGAAAUUAAAAGGCUAUUGUAGAAAAAGGAAUUAAAAAUACUUUGUGAAAAACACUUUUUAUCUUUUAAAAUUGUUUCUAUUGUAAAAUUACCUUAUUUUACAAUUUAAGGGCCAUAUUAUAGAAUGUGUCUGUUAUUUACCAAAGGGUACUUAUUUCAAAAUGUUGGUUUUACUCAUUUAAUUUUGACCCUUUUGGAGUUCCAUAGUUGAGGCCUCCAAAAAGGGACCUUUUAAAAUUUUAUUUAAAUGAUUUGGGGAGUUAGUCUGAGUUCUAAAGUUUAAAAUUUGUCGGCAUCCUGCGCUGACACAAAAUGAUGAAAUUUUGCAUCGAUGUCUGCCUUCACAACUGGCAGCAAUUGGACAAAAUCUUUACACUGCACACUCAAAAAUAGCCAGAAUUACCAUUAAAAUGGUUUCAAAACAAAAUUGCAAGACACUUUCAAAAUGUUGUUUUUAUUUUUUUAAUUUUGACCCUUUUGGGGUACCAUACAAUUUUAGCUAAGGUCAGUCUUUGAGAUACUCUUGCAUACAGUCAAAAUUGCAUUACAAUGCGCACUUUAGGCCAAAAUGACAGGCUUGCGGUGUCUUUUCAGUCAUGACUCCCGGACUUGUUUUGUCAUUCUAUUCAUUAAAGACAUUAUUACAAAAUUUCAUGUUGCUCGGUGAAACCGGUUUUGGGGCUAAAUUAUUGAAAUCUCUAGAACAAGUCAGUCCUUGAGAGAUUCCCGAAAAGGACCUUGAAUUAGCUACCUUCCUGUGUCUUUUCAGUCAUAGCUUUUGCGACUUUUUGUGGGUCUUCAUGAUACACAUGCCUAGCAAAUUUCAUGUUACUGAGUGAAACAGGCUUGGGGGGGGGGGGGUGAAUUUGUUUUUUUCUACUGGGUUAAUUGAAUAUUAACACUACUACUUAUACUAUUGCUCCUCCUUUUCUCAAGGAACUAUGAUGUACUAUAACACCUGUUCUUGCCUUUUUCCUCUGUAAAUGGACUCUAUUGUCAGGCAGGGUUUUUCAAACUGGAUAUCUACAGUACAUAUAUUGUGAAUAUAAAAGACUAAUCAGACAUGGCGUGCGUGUUUGACGAUGAAUUGCAUUUUCGGUCCUUGACGCCCCAGUUUGGGAAACCCUGCUGCAAGGGAAUGCCUUCUACUAAAUGCCUAGUGAACUCUUCCACCGUGCACCAACACAAAGUGCAAAUGCAAGCAUUUGAGCGACCAUGCAAGCAGAUAUAAACAAAAAAAAAACAAACAAAAAAAAGGAAAAACUGCCACUCAAAGAAUGCCAAACAUGCGUUCUAGACCAAACAUGUUUACAUCCUUUCAGAGCGUCUUGUGCGUCAAAGCCUGCAGCGCUUGGGAGCGUUCCAUGCCAACCCUUCUUGUGCGUGUCCUUUACGUUGCUUUUUCCGUUGUUAUAAUUUAUUGUCUCUGUCUUAUUAAAUGGACAUGGUUUGAAAUAAAAAAAACUAUUUGAAAAACAGCCUUGUCAUCUGCCAGCCGCUGUGUCUUCUUUUUGCAGUCAUUUGGUUUUCCUACCCUCAGGGCUUAACAUGCGUCACUUAAAGUGCAUGUGACACGAAAAAGCAUGUUUA